UUUACCGACUCUUUUUCUUCUCACACAUUAAUGAAUCAAAACAACAACAACAAAAAAACAUGCCUGCACGUAUUUCCCUUGUACGUGCCUCCAACAACAAACCUCCUUAUUUCCAUCCAUUUUUGUACACUCACAUCCGCGAGAAAAAAACCCACUUUCAGUUUUCUCGUCCAUUUUCCUUCCAUCCAAACAAAUCCAAAACCCAAAAAAAAAUAGCACAAUGCAAAAACUUAUAUCCAUCAUCAUCAUCACUUUCUCCACCAUGUCAUUACAAUCCUAGCUCAAAAGAAGGAAAAAAAAAAAAAAAAACAUAACAAUGGACGAGUUUUUCCCACGCAGAAACAUAUUAGAACCCCAUAAACUCUCUUCCUUUUCCCUUCCCUUAAUCCUUCUCAUAAUCUUGAUCAACUUCACAAUUCCUUCUUCUUCUCUCUCUUCCUUUUCACCUGCUGAUAAUUACCUCAUCGACUGUGGCUCUUCCCAGCAGACCAAACUCUCCGACGGCCGGACUUUCAAGUCGGAGCGCGACACGGCGUCCCUCCUGUCCUCCUCCGACGACGUGCAGAUCUCCGCGGAUUCAACGUCGAUAUCGGCCGCAAAAGCAUUGUCUUCCUCCAUCCCUUCUUCCUCUCUUCCACUGUUCACCACCCUAAGGGUUUUCUCAGAAGAAUCCACGUACAGUUUCCACAUCUCACAAGCCGGGACCCACUUUGUCCGUCUCUACUUCUUCCCUGUCCCCCAUGCAACGUACAAUUUCACCGCCGCAACGUUCACGGUCACCGCCGAUAACUACGUUCUUUUAGAAGACUUCUCAGUUUCUGAUUACGCCACUUUUGUUUACAAGGAGUAUUUCGUCAACGCCAGUGACAGAUUUUCUCUCGUAUUCAAGCCGAAGAAGAAAUCAUUCGCUUUCAUAAACGCCAUUGAGGUAGUUUCUGCUCCUGAUUCUCUUGUCGCAGAUUCAGCCACGGCCGUUUUUUCAUCUGGGGUUUUCAAUGGUUUAUUUAAAAACUAUGCUUUCCAAGUUUUUUACCGGUUGAAUGUUGGAGGGCCAAAUUUAGGUCCUGAAAACGACACGUUAUAUAGAACUUGGGAAUCUGAUAGUGCAUAUAAUGCGUUUGUACAAGGGUCUAAGAGUGUUUCUGUGUCUCCAAAAACUGUGAAAUACCGAGAAAAUAAUGGAGAGUUAAGUUUAACCCCUUUGAUUGCUCCCAAUUGGGUUUAUGCCUCAGCUCAGGAAAUGCAAGAUCCUGUUGUUAUGGAACCCAAUUUCAAUCUCACUUGGAGGUUUAGUGUGGAUCAGGGCUUUUCCUAUUUGAUUAGGAUGCAUUUUUGUGACAUUGUUAGCUUGGCCCUCAACAGCCUUUACUUCAAUGUCUACAUCAAUGAGAUGAUAGCGGUGUCUAGUCUCGAUCUUUCGAGUCUCACGGGAGCUCUAGCCACCGCGUAUUACCGGGACUUCGUGCUUGAUUCGGCGAAUGUCACGAACAGUUCCAUCAUGGUUCAGGUUGGUUGUGCUAAUCUCCAGUCAGGGGUGAGAAAUGCUAUUCUUAAUGGAUUGGAGAUUAUUAAGAUAAGUAACUCUGCUGGUAGCUUGAAUGGUACUUUCACCGUUGAUGGGAAAUACAAAGGGCCUGGUAGUUCAGCACUUAGUCCUAUGAAGAUUGUUGCGGCUGUCGGGUUGGGAUUGGCAGUGACGGUGAUGUUUUUGCUCGGUGCGGUUUGUGUUCGGUGGCAGAGGAGGCCUCAAGGUUGGGAGAAACGGAAGAGCUUCUCGUCGUGGCUUCUGCCGCUCCAAGCCGGCUACUCAAGUGCUAAUUACUGGUCCAGCAGGAGCAGCUCUAGGAGGUCUAGUCUCUUUGGCUCUCGCCGCAGCAAAAGUGGCUACUCGGGCUAUUUUGCCUCCUCUGUUUACUUUGGAAGAGUCUUCACUCUCGGUGAAUUGCAGGCUGCGACGCAGAAUUUCGACGAGAAGGCAGUGAUUGGGGUUGGCGGGUUCGGAAAAGUAUAUCUUGGGGUGUUGGAGGAUGGAACCAAGUUGGCUAUAAAGCGAGGAAACCCAAGUUCGGAGCAGGGGAUCAAUGAAUUCAAGACUGAGAUCGAAAUGCUCUCCAAGCUCAGGCACCGCCACCUUGUUUCGUUGAUCGGGUUCUGUGAUGAGCAAUCAGAGAUGAUUCUCGUAUAUGAGUACAUGGCUAAUGGUCCGCUUCGCGACCAUCUAUAUGGCUCAAAUCUCCCUCCUUUGUCAUGGAAGCAAAGGCUUGAAAUCUGCAUUGGCGCUGCCCGUGGCCUGCACUAUCUCCACACCGGCGCAGCACAGGGCAUAAUUCACCGCGAUGUGAAGACAACAAAUAUCCUGCUCGAUGACAAUUUCGUUGCGAAAGUUGCUGAUUUUGGCUUGUCAAAGGCUGCACCAUCAUUGGACAAAACACAUGUGAGCACAGCAGUGAAGGGCAGUUUUGGAUAUCUUGAUCCCGAGUACUUCAGAAGGCAACAACUCACAGAGAAAUCGGAUGUUUACUCAUUUGGGGUGGUUCUGUUUGAGGCCUUAUGUGCAAGGACGGUUAUAGAUCCUAAGCUGCCAAGAGAACAAGUGAGCUUGGCUGAGUGGGCAAUGCAUUGGCACAGAAAGGGAAUGAUUGAGAAGAUCAUUGAUCCUCACAUUGCUAGCAACAUCAACGGCGAAUCGCUUAAGAAGUUCUUGGAAGCGGCGGAGAAAUGUCUCACGGAGUAUGGCGUCGAUAGGCCUUCCAUGGGAGAUGUGCUGUGGAAUUUGGAGUAUUCUUUGCAGCUUCAAGAGGCAGCGUCAAUGCAGGUAGAAGACAAGAGUGAAUGCAUGAUAAUUGGGAUGGAGAAACAAAGUAAUGGGAUUGACUCAAAAGAAGGACUUGAUUUUGAGAUCGCUGAUGAUUCUAGUGUAACAGUUGAGGGCUCUUCUUUGUUCUCUCAAAUGGGUCAUUUUCAGGGAAGAUGA